AUGCUGGUGAAGAAGCAAGCAGGGAAAGGAGGGGGGCGGGAGCCGGGCUCCGAGGACCGGAGCCCAGCCGGGCAGCGUUGUGCCCGGACCGUGUCCCCGUGCGCCGCCCUGGCCGCCCUCCUGUCAGUAGUGGCCGUGAUGUCUUGUCUGUACCUGGGGGUGAAAACCAACGACCUCCAGGCGAGGAUCGCCGCCCUCGAAUCCGCCAAAGGAGACCCUUCCAUCCGUCUGCUGCCUGACUGUCUGGAUCAGCUCAAAGCAAUGGUGCAAGAGAAAGUGGAGCGACUUCUGGCUCAGAAGUCCUAUGAACAUAUGGCUAAAAUAAGAAUCGCAAGAGAAGCACCUUCAGAGUGCAACUGCCCAGCAGGCCCUCCGGGGAAACGAGGUAAAAGGGGCCGAAGAGGAGAAUCUGGUCCUCCUGGUCAGCCUGGUCCUGAGGGCCCUCCUGGUCCAAAAGGUGAUAAGGGAGAACAGGGCGAUCAGGGACCUCGGAUGGUGUUUCCUAAAAUCAAUCAUGGGUUUCUCUCUGCUGAUCAGCAGCUCAUUAAACGCCGCCUGAUUAAGGGUGACCAAGGACAGGCUGGGCCCCCAGGCCCUCCAGGACCUCCAGGCCCACGAGGGCCUCCUGGGGACACAGGGAAAGAUGGCCCCCGCGGAAUGCCAGGAGUGCCUGGUGAAUCAGGGAAACCAGGAGAACAAGGCUUGAUGGGUCCUCUGGGGCCUCCAGGACAAAAGGGUUCUGUUGGAGCACCUGGAAUUCCAGGGAUGAAUGGGCAAAAGGGUGAGCCCGGGUUGCCUGGAACAGGAGGACAGAAUGGAAUGCCAGGGCCCAAGGGAGAACCUGGAGAACGAGGAGAAAAGGGAGAUGCUGGAGAGAAUGGCCCCAAAGGUGAUACAGGCGAAAAGGGUGACCCUGGAUCGUCCGCUGCAGGAAUUAAGGGAGAGCCCGGAGAAUCUGGUCGUCCAGGGCAAAAGGGUGAACCAGGGCUUCCUGGGCUUCCUGGACUUCCGGGGAUAAAGGGAGAACCAGGUUUCAUUGGUCCUCAAGGAGAACCAGGCUUACCAGGGUUACCAGGAAUAAAGGGCGACCGUGGGGAGGCAGGUCAUCCUGGAAGAGGGGAUCGAGGGGAGCCUGGAGCCCCUGGACCAAAGGGGAAACAAGGUGAAUCAGGAACUAGAGGCCCAAAGGGGUCAAAGGGUGACCGUGGAGACAAAGGGGACUCUGGAGCCCUGGGACCAAGGGGUCCACCUGGUCAAAAGGGAGAUCAAGGAGCCACCGAGAUCAUAGACUACAACGGCAACCUCCACGAAGCCUUGCAGAGGAUUACCACCUUAACAGUCACGGGUCCCCCUGGACCACCUGGACCUCAAGGACUACAAGGGCCAAAGGGAGAGCCAGGAUCUCCAGGAGUCCCAGGAGUUGAUGGAGAGCAGGGACUCAAAGGUUCAAAGGGAGACAUGGGGGACCCAGGUAUGCCAGGUGAAAAAGGAGGAAUUGGACUUCCUGGAUUACCGGGUGCCAAUGGAAUGAAAGGAGAAAAAGGAGACUCGGGAUUGCCAGGUCCUCAGGGUCCUUCCAUCAUAGGCCCACCAGGCCCACCAGGUCCCCAUGGCCCACCAGGCCCCAUGGGACCCCAUGGACUUCCUGGACCAAAGGGUACAGAUGGCCCUAUGGGACCCCAUGGCCCUGCAGGUCCCAAAGGAGAAAGAGGUGAAAAAGGAGCUAUGGGAGAGCCGGGACCCCGAGGGCCGUAUGGUCUUCCCGGGAAAGAUGGAGAGCCUGGUCUUGAUGGUUUCCCUGGUCCACGAGGCGAGAAGGGUGAUCUAGGAGAAAAGGGGGAAAAGGGAUUCCGUGGCGUUAAGGGGGAAAAAGGGGAGCCAGGCCAGCCUGGCCUGGAUGGGCUGGACGCCCCUUGCCAAUUGGGGCCAGAUGGAUUACCCAUGCCUGGCUGUUGGCAAAAGUGAUGAAUCUAACCUUCCAAGCAUGAAGUUGUGUAUAUAAUGGUCCACUUUUUAUAUUUAUAGUUGAAAAUCGGAUUGCAGAUUUUACAAGUCUGAGAUAUGUUUACAUAUAGCUGCUUCUUCCUGUUUGCAGUAGUACACAUAUCCAUUUUUUCUUCCCUUACAUCUGAAAUUGGGCAAUAUGUGAAACCAGUGAGAAGCCUGCAAAAAAUAUAGAUCAGUAUAUCUUUAUCUUACGUGAAGAUAUGUAUUUACAUGGACAUAGUGAUAGAGAUUGAUUGUUCUUGCUAUUUUCUUACUUUGGGCUUGUUAAUUGCAUGGACAAAAAGUGCCAUGAGAUAGUUUACAUGAAAUUGUGACCAAAUAUGAACUCGAAGCUAUGAAAACGUACUCUACUGACUGAUUUUAGAGUCUAUCGUCACAUCCCUACUCACCUUUGCUAUUCAUGCCCACACCACCCAUUGAAACUGACUAAAAAAGCAUGAUCGUGUGCCAAGCCUGCUUGCUGUGCAAACUCAGAUGCUAGCAUGCUGCAUUAUGAGUCCUUUGAUCACCUCUGAACUUUUAUUUCUUUUGUCAUCUCAAGGGGGUUACACCAUGGCUCAUUGCCAAAAAGUGAUAAGGUGGCGGAGAGCACACACACACAAAUGGUCUUGUAUUUUGAAAGGAGUUGCAGUCCCAACUGCAGAUCUUCAGCUUCCACUAUUGUGGGCUCACGUGGCCUCUUUGGUUGAAAUGUCCAGGGGCUGAGCUCGUUGCUGACACUAGUUUUCCUUGGGCUGCCCUUGGCAGUGAAGAUGAAGAGAAAGGAUUGGUUCAGCCUCCUGCACUGUCUCUCAUGUGACCAAGUAGGAAAGAGGUUUACAAAGGCAGGCACCCAGAAUAGAGGACUUUUUUUUUUUAAUAAACUGAAUUCCAGCAAGUGUUAACAUGGGUGCUUUUGGAAAAUGACAGAAGCAUACUGCACUUCUUUUGGGUAGGAGAUUCUUGGAAUGGCAGCCCCUGUUCCUGAGGACAAAGGGUGUGUACAUCUCACCAAAGCUCGGGUUGCUGAAGAUACAGCACGUCCCAAGAAGGGGUUGGCUGAAAUAACCUUUCCUGAGGAUGUAGGAGGGCUCAUCCUACAAUCUCUACUGAAGCUGAUGAGAGCUUCCCUUCCUUCCAAGAUCCAACCCAUGUUAAACAUUUUCUACAAACUUCUAGAAACAGAAAGAUAUUUUCCAUUCUUUUUAAUACUUUUUCUUUUCUCUUUUAGUCCCAGGAAUAUUCAGGAAAGAUUUUUUUUCCAGCUUUUGUCACAUUUAUUUUGAACAAUUUUUUAAAGGAAAGUCUUCAAAUCCUAAUAAGUUGGUACCAACAGUCAAGAUGACCAUUUGCUAACUUCUCUCCUGUUCUGAAUAAUUGAAGAGAAUAUAAAAGAAGCUCGAUUUUCAGUUCAGUCAUUGUAAAGCAUCAAAGUUAAACAAUUUUUCAGUACUUUUUGACUUUUUUUUGUAUGAUGAAUAUAACAUAUAUAGUGAUUAUCAGUUAAGAUAAAGUCAAGAUUUGGUCACAUUUGAUCAUAUUAACUCAUUUCUAUUUCUUGUAGUUCUAUUUAGUUCUAAGUUGUGUCUAUAUUUAGAUUUCUUUAUCUUUUUUACAUUUCUAAAUGUUUGUCUUAUGCACAGACCAAAUCUGAGAUCUCAGAAAGCUGUGAAAUAUAGUUGCCAUAAAGAGUAUUUUUCAACUACUUGCUCAAAAGUUACCUAACUGUGUUAGACUGAGCAUUUCUUUGCACAGUAAAGAGCUGAUAGCAUGUUUUGAAAUGACUUGUUCUAAGUGGAAGGGUUACAUUAGGAGAAACAUCAUCAAUGAGGAGUAGUCACUCUUUCAGCCCACUGGACAAUAUAAUUUCUCAUUUCAUGCCAUUUUGUGGGAAAAUUUCUGGUUUCAUGUAUAGGUUUUCACCAGCAGAGGGGAAAUUAUCUCAUCAUUGGCUUAUGGUGACAACAGUUAAGAUAUGAUUAUAAGACAAGGAUCCUAAGAUCCUUAUGAUCUCUUUCAUAAUAUAUAACCAAAUGCUCAGUUAUACAAAAUGCCUUCUUUUUGUUUCCAUUACAUUUUCAAGAAUGGAAAGAUGUUUGAACUAAUCUAUCAAUCAAAUUGAUAACAUCUCUAGUAACAUUCCACACUCCAAAACCAGUUUAGCAUUUUUAAAACAACAGAGGGCAUUUUCUACCCAUCUCUUGUAUGAUCUGGUUAGGAUAAGGUAUUUUAUUCAAUGUCUGAAACAAUUUGUCUUAAAUGCUUUGGAAAAAUGAACUAAAGCGAGUAAAACCACAGUCUCUUCAGGAAAACAAACAGUAGUGUCUUGAGAAAAAUCUGGUGGCUAUAUUUCUUCCUAUCUCUCUUUCUUUCUACUCCUCUAGUAGAAAGAGGAAUUGAGAUGGAUCACUGUUUAAAAGUUGCACAGCUUCAAAAGAGAAUACCUUAACAUCAGAAGAGAAACAUUUCACGUACAAAAAAUAUAUGUAUUUUUUAAACACAGCCCUUUAAGAAUACUGUUCUGUCCUAUGUGUAUAUUGAGGUUUUACUCUAUAACUGAUUUGACAAUAUUGCCUUUUAUUCCAUGAUUAAAGGAAGCUGUAAACUUACAAUACAUUUCCUUGGGGAAAACAAAAGGACCAUGGUCCUCCUCUUUGUUCCGUGGAACUGCUAGGUCUUAACCAACGUGCAUAAUCUUCAACUUUUGUUACUAAAAUAUUUUAAAUCAUCCAUUUUUUAAUCAAUAUAGAGAAUCCUCAAAUAAUUGCCUAAUGAACUAAUGAAUGUGUCUGCCGAUAUAUGUAUUGGCAGCUACAUAUUUUUCUUUAAGUUUGCUUUCUUUUAAUUUCUGUUGUUGGAUAGAAGAUUAAGAAAAAAUACAUGAAAGACAUUGGAAAUAAGAUCAGGUUCUAUUUCUGAUAAGCAUCUUUUAAGGAUGCCAAACUGGUAUGUGUUUUAGCUUUAAAAUUGUUUUCCGUUUAUGUUGGUGCUAAUGUAUUUCUUUUCUUUUUCUUUAUGGACAAUGCAACUCUACUAUGGAUAAUUUCAUUUCUCUGUUUAAUAGCAUUCCUAAACUGUUAGUGCGUGAUUUUAUUUUUCAAGUUUAUGGAUUUACUAUAAUUAUGGUUCAACGACCAGUCUUUCUUAAUGUAAAAGAAAACAAAACAGUGUACCUAUAGAUGAUAUGUGUGUACUUGGAUUGUGGAUCCUCUUAUUUCAUGUUCAUUUCAUAUACCAUAUGCCUUUAUCAACUUUUACUCUCAUCUUUUAGCUUAUAGAGUUUGAUUAAGCGUGACAAAACCAACAUUAGACAAGUCUGCACACAUUCAGAGAGUACCUGACCCAUAAAUAUGCUGAAAUUUUUCUUCUAGUUUUCAUUUUCAUUAUGAAAAGCAGUCUUGAAAGGUUUUUCUUUCUUAUUUGAUUUCAUAGGAAACAUGAGAAUAUCUUGAAUUUCUACCAAAAAAAAAGUCUGUUCUUGAAUCCUAUGCAUGAUGUCCUGAUGGAAUAGUAAGAACUCUUAUGCAUCCAGUAGUUCAUUCUAUAUGUCCUUUGUCUACAAUAUAUAUACAUAUAUACACCUCUCUAUUAGUUUAGAAAUGGUCAAAUCAACAUGUCAGAAUCUGUGGAAAAAUUAACUGGUAUUAUAUUUUUAUCACUUAGACAACGUGCUUAAUUUUCCAAAGUUUUAUUUUUAAUGUUACUAUUAUAGCAUAAAAAUUUAACACCACUUUUCAUCUUUUUUUUUUUUUUUUUUUGGCCACUAUAUAUAAUCUUGCCCAGAAAUAAGCUAUGCUUGUUAAGGUGGGUGAUGUUUUCAUAUCUUCUAAUAAAUGAUCUUAGGAACAUGCAGAUAUUGAUAUUUGAAAUCUUGUUUUUCUCUAUUUCUUGAUAAUCAAGUUAUAUUAAUAAUUAACAUU